AUGGCGGAUGAACUCCCGUUAUGGUUCCCACCCAUGAGUAGCGACGAUUCAUCCGAUAGUAGCAUUCUUUUUUUUCAAAAUCUCAUCGAAGAAGCCGAACUUCAAGAUACCGGUACAUCUAACCGAAGGAGAUAUAUUGAACGUCAACGUGAGGAGGGGCAUGAGACACUCAUGGCGGAUUAUUUUGUCGAAGACCCGAAGUACAACGAAGAUAUCUUUCGGCAUAGGUUCCGUAUGUCGAAACGUUUGUUUCUAAAAAUUGUGUCCGAUGUGGAAGAGAACGACCCGUGGUUUGUAGAGGCCCCCGAUGCGCGAGAGUAUCGAGGCCAAUAUAUGCGAGGAGAUCAUAGAUACCCGACUAUUAUGCUCGAAGCGGUUGCUUCUCAAGACUUAUGGUUUUGGCAUGCUUUUGCCGGUCCACCAGGUUCUCAAAACGAUAUCAAUGUUCUACAACAAUCUCCGUUAUUUUUAACAGAACGAAAUGGAACCGCGCCAAAAUGUCCAUUUUACGUUAACAACCAUUUAUACAAACGUGGUUAUUUGCUCGUGGAUGGAAUCUACCCUUCGUGGUCCGUGUUUGUGAAGUCGAUCCCUUACCCUCACGAAGUAAACGAAAAGAAAUUCAAGAGGCAACAUGAGGCGGCAAGAAAAGACGUCGAACGGGCUUUUGGUGUUUUGAAGGGGAAAUGGGGUGUAUUGAGUCGACCGAUGCGAGCAAGAUCGGUUAAAAAAAUUAGGAAUGUCGUGUACACGUGUAUUAUUUUACACAACAUGAUACGGUGUUUUUCGGGAUCCUCCGGUCGAGCCGGCUCUAGACGAUACGGUGCUGGGCGAGUUGUUGAAUGA